AUGCUCAAAAUUCUAUCUAUCUAUCUAUCUAUCUAUCUAUCUAUCUAUCUAUCUAUCCGAUAUGAAUUAGGUGUCUUCUUACUUGCAAGAUCUAUACGGCUAUCAAGCACCACACUUAACUUCCUCUCAUCUGUUCAUUCUAUCUAUCUAUCUAUCUAUCUAUCUAUCUAUCUAUCUAUCUAUCUAUCUAUCUAUCUAUCUAUUUUUUCCAAGACUAUCUAUCUGUCUGACGAAGUAAUUUCAAGCACUAUCUAUCUAUCUAUCUAUCUAUCUAUCUAUCUAUCUAUCUAUCUAUCGAUGCUGGAUGCUUCUUUUACUGUUACUAUCUUUGACCUCCAAAUAGACAUCAGAUGUAAGCCGACCCGUAAACCUCUAUUUUAUGAUCGCCAUUUUGUUUCUGCAGUUGAAAAGUCGGAUCUAGUGGAACUCAUAUGUAUCGGUGGAAAUGAGUACAAGAGAGGCUCGGAGAAUCAAUCGAUCGACAACACAGAAAAGAAGACAGAAGACCAAAUAAAGGAAGAUGAGAAAGAUCAGCCCAUAGCUGUAAGGACUAUCGAUCAUCGAUUCUGGUCCAUGGAACAAAAGAAAAAAAAAGAAUGA